AUAGACGAAUAAAGUUGUUACGUAAAUUUGUUAUACGAGACAUUAACCUCUGGAAUUGCUUUGCCAGGAUGAAAGUCGUUUCGGUAGAGUUUGCCAGAAGAACAUAGCUAAAAAUGCUGACAGCUAUGUACAAGUCGUCUCAUUUCUAUAUGCAGUCAUUAUUAUACGUAACAGUUUGUUUUACAAGAUUCUUUAUCGGAUUUGUAGAUGGAGCGUAUAUUCCAAAUUACGGUUUCGUGGGCUGCUACUUGUACACGAAUCAUAUGGAGCAGUUCACCGGAUUUAACCAAGCAAGUAACGUUUUAGGUCCCACUACGGUGCACAGCUGUGUACAGAGCUGCAUGCAAAGAGACUGGGAGUACGCUGGCCUGAUGGCAGAUUCCCGCUGCUUCUGUGGAAGGAGUUAUAAUCAGACAUUUGCAGUGGAUCAAAGACACUGCAGUAUAGAGUGUAGAUCACCAUGUGUAGGGGCCAAGCACAUGGCAGUCUACAAUACGGAUUACGAUGUAAAACCGCUGCUCAGCAUUCCGGGAAACAACACGAAUUUUCUAGAGGUCUGGAAUAAAGCAUUGGUCGGACAGUUAGAUGGGUUCGCAGAUGUGUUCCUUGAUGACGUUUUGAGAAACUCAGACAUUGAUUGGUGGAACAAGACGAAGUUGUACCACACACCUGAAUACGUUUCAGUGAUGUUGUUUAACCGGUACGGACAUCCUCUCUGGUCAAUCGACUUUUUCACCAAUGACACCAACUCGGCAAACGUGGAGGACUGGUUGAGGAAGGAGCGAAUACUUCCAAACAAGUAUUUUACUAAUUCCAUGAAAAACAACGCUGCAAUAAGCAUAAGCGAUGAAAAAAUAACGAUACGUCAUAAACAGGAAAACAAAGUCUGGUUUGCGCAUGGAAAUCUGAACAACCGCGAGGCCAGGGUGACAGUAUUUGACCCACAGAGGAAUACAGUUGGACAGUCCGAGACUCACACGGAAGAGACUUAUCUUAAAUGUUCUGAAUAUCACAACUCAGAAAAGUGCAAGAUGAAUCUUUCCAGGAGUGCGGCAUGUGACUGCGAGAAUAAAGUUGAUGGAGCCUGUCUAGAGUAUAAAGUAAAGAGGUCAGAUCAGCAACAGAAAACUGCAUGUUUGGUCAGUUUUAAACCGACCUGUACGAGCGAGUGUGUUAAAGAUGUAUGCUACACUGAUGGAAACAACAACUGGAGUUGCAACUCAACAAGAGACGGGAACAAAGAAUACUGGCUGUUCACUAUAGGUCCUAACUACGGAUUGCAAAGAAUGGAACAAGUUAAAGCAAACAGAACUGAUUGCAAAGAUGAGCAUGAAGAAAAUAAACCAUUCUAUAUAUGUGGUAUUGAAGUUUCUGAUUACAUUGGAACCCUGGAGUUGGAAUUCUGGCCCAAUGAAGAGGUCAAUGAGAGUAAAUCAGUAACUAUUGACCUAUCAAGGAACCCAAAGCCACUAUCGUGCAUCUACACCCAACGUAUGAAGCUCAAAUUUCCAAAUCCACAACAACAAUGCACGUUUCAUUUUUACAAACCUAAAAAUGAUGCAUUGAUAAUGGUUGACCGUGUAGCAGUUCUAGGAUUUUACCAUAGAGAAGAACCUAAGGUUAGCAAAUGGGAGUUUCUGAAUAACUAUUCAAUUGAUGAAAUUAAGAACAUCAUGAGACCAGUCCUACAGAAAGCGAGGGCAGCUACGCAGGUCCAGGUCCGGAAUCUGUCCUCAAGUAUCAGGAAGAAGGAAAGUGCCACCGACUUCCGGACCUCCUCCCAAGGAAUUGGAAUUCUGGGAGGUUUUCUUUUGGGAAUGGUGUUCUUGGUCAUAUUCGUCUCCGAUAUAUUCGUUCUGAGAGCUCAUUUGAAAAUGAUGUUUCGAAAUGUGUCCAGCUGCUUUAAACACUCAAAGAAAGUGAAUCAACAUGAUCAGGGUAAUGAUUAAAAGUGACGGACUCAGACCAAAGCGCGCUUGCGAUCCAAUACAUGUAUAGUACCUUUUCAACCAAAAUUGACAAUUACCUUUAUUCUUUAAAAUGUUCAACGCGGGGAGGGGGAAGUUCAAACUCUAUGACUCCCUCUAGAUCUCCUACUGCUUAGCAUGGAAAAUGAAUGGUUGCUCGUUUCAAAACAUUACACACUUUUGAUUUUUAAUUUUUAGUUAAACUAUAGUUUUCACUAUUCGGAGCUUGAAUGAGCAGACGUUAUUUGAGAUGGUGUAAAAAAAAGAUGCAAAACUCUAGGAGGGUUGGUUGGUUGUAUAUUGUUUAACGUCCCGCUCGAGAAUUUUUCACUCAUAUGGAGACGUCACCAAUGCCGGUGAAGGACUAUAAAAUUUAGGCCUAUUCUCGGCGAUGACGGCUUUUGAGCAAGGAAGGGAUAUUUAUCAAACCACACCUUCUAUGACACAUAGUCUCGGUUUCUGCGGUCUCAUCCGAAAGGCCGCUCCAAGUAAUUGCCUUUUAGGACAAGCAAGGGGGUACUGAGGACCUAUUCUAAAUCGGUCUACUCUAGGAGGGUAUUUGGAUAGAAGCUGCAAAGAUAAUAGCAGGAAUGCAACCAUAAAAUUAAUUUGACAGAGAAAUGGAAUGGGGACCAUUAGAUACCUGAGGAAUGCAGCGAAAAUUUUGUAUAAAAUAUGUAGAGGUCCAAAUCAUUAUUUGUUUGUUUCCGAAUCACCAUCAUGAUUAAUGUGUCUAUAAUGGCGAUAAAAUACAUGUGUAACGUUGAUAAUUUGAUUUCAUCCCAAAUGGAAGGAAUAGGUUGAAAUUGUAGUUCAUACCUGGCUAAUUUUACUCUCACCCAUCUUCUGUUAAUCGUAUUUGUAUAAUGUAUGCAUUGGACGCGCCUUAUUUACACGUGGUGGGAAAAUGGCUUUGGUUAGUUUUGACACCGAGUUCUAUUUAUGUAGGAGUAGGGACGGGUCACACUGAAUUCAUUAUGCGUGGUAAUGUGGUUGGUUGUUUUAUUUUAACUGAUAUUGAGACGUCAUCAGCUAUAUAAGUACAUUGUACCCCAAAUUUAUGCCAACGCUUAGCGAUCAGGGCUCUAGCAGUGAUGGUUCUUAAACCUAUCAACGUCUGCUCCGAUAGAAGACUUCCGUUUUUAAUGUCAUAUUCAAAAGAUUUGUGGUGCCGAGCGUUUGGAGAGGGAGCAAUCACUUCCUAUGUUUUGACGCUGUCAUGAAACAAGCGUGGUUCGAACUCACGAUAUCCCGACUACCAAGCGAACGCUCUACCAAUUAGCUACUGUGACGUAAAAAAGGACCAGAGAGUAGUUAGAUAUACACAGAUCCGAUAAUUACUGGGAAAACAGCACGCGGUAUGUAGUUAGAUAUACACAGAUCCGAUAAUUACUGGGAAAACAGCACGCGGUAUGUAGUUAGAUAUACACAGAUCCGAUGAUUACUGGGAAAACAGCACGCGGUAUGUAGUUAGAUAUAUACAGAUCCGAUGAUUACUGGGAAAACAGCACGCGGUAUUAGUUAAAUAUACACAGAUCCGAUAAUUACUGCGAAAAUAACACGCGGUAUUAGUUAAAUAUACACAGAUCCGAUGAUUACUGGGAAAACAGCACGCGGUAUUAGUUAAAUAUACACAGAUCCGAUGAUUACUGGGAAAACAGCACGCGGUAUGUAGUUAGAUAUACACAGAUCCGAUGAUUACUGGGAAAACGGCACGCGGUAUUAGUUAAAUAUACACAGAUCCGAUGAUUACUGGGAAAACAGCACGCGGUAUGUAGUUAGAUAUACACAGAUCCGAUGAUUACUGGGAAAACAGCACGCGGUAUUAGUUAAAUAUACACAGAUCCGAUGAUUACUGGGAAAACAGCACGCGGUAUGUAGUUAGAUAUACAAAUAUCCGGUAAUUAUUGGGAAAAUAGCACGCGGUAUGCUAGGAAAACAGUCAUUUGGUUAGCGCUCGGGAAAAGGUGUAGUUUUGCAACUGUUAAUUUAAGAGAAGCAAGGAGUAAAUAUAUUUACACUGUUAGCUUUGAAACCAAGCUGGUAUCUUGAAUGCCGAUCGUUAUAACCACUUCCUUACGUGUAAUAUAUGUGGGGAUGUUAUGGAGAUAGCGUUUAGUACUCUUUUCAUUACUUUUUACAUGGUCCUGUCCUGUUUUUACUUUUGAAAAAAAAAUGAAUUGUUCAAUUGUUUGAUGUACUUUUAAUUGACUGUUCACAUUCUAAAUAAAAAUAUUUGUUUAUAAAUGUUAAUAGAAACUUUUUGAUGCUGUACAUACAUGUAUAUAUUACAAAGUAACCGCUUUGAAUAAUUCUCUUACAUGUAGUAUCACAUGUAUUUACAUGUCUUACAGCAUAAAAUAUGAAUGAUUUGUAUAUAUAUAUAUAUAUAGUCAUCAGUAUUUUUUCUCUUUUUUAUGAGUACGUUUUACCCAGAAUAUUAUUUCUUAUUUUUUUGUAAGAUACAUGACAUUUCCUAUUCUGUGUUGUGCAUGAUGAUUUUGUACGUUUGUACCUUAUUCAAUUGUUUAAUAAAAAUGCAUAAACUAAA